GCCACCGGCAUGCUGUACCUGCACACCCGCGAGCCGCCCAUCGCACACCGCGACCUCAAGUCGGCCAACCUGCUGGUGGACAGGAACUGGCAGGUCAAGGUGGCUGACUUCAACCUGUCGCGGUCAGUGGAGCGCAACAAGGCUGCCAGCACGGUUGUGAUGACCAACCCCCGGUGGCUAGCGCCGGAAGUGAUGGCCGGCACGCCAGGCCACCUGCCUGCAGAUGUGUGGGCCUUUGGCACAGUGAUGUGGGAGUUGCUGACGUGGCAGCUUCCGUUCACAGAUCUUAACACCUACCAGGUGCCUGACCCAACCUGUCGGGGCCAGCUCAUGGCGCUGCACCAACCAUGCAGAUGCCAGCAGUAUGUGGAGCUGAUGCACGCCUGCCGCUGCACAGACCCCGAAGGCCGCCCCCAGUUCGAUACGAUUGCAGAGCGGCUGAGG